GAGCAGCAGUUGAGUGAAGGAUCAGCACUAACUAGCAGAUUUCACUGUGGAGACAGACAAAGAGAUGAUGUAUUAAUGUUUUGAAGCUUCAUACGAGGAUUAUCCGUAUUUACAGUUACAGUUACAGUUUCACACUGGAAGUCUCGAAGGAAAAUCUUGUGUGAGAACCUAUGGAAGAGAGUGCCAGACACUUUGAACACGGACUGUAGAUGUCUUAUGUUUAUGCUUUGUGGUUAUGAACAUUAGUGGGUUUUGAGUACAAGAGACUCGUUGUAUUAUUCUAUCCCAAACACUGAGGAAAUCUCCUUAAGAUGAAGGGAGUAAUGGCAGCACUUCAACUCUGUUUGUGGAUCUUGGCUGUAAAGGUGGUGUUUGGAAAUGUCUGUACCACUGAGCAGUUUACAAAAACAGGCGAAUGUUGCAGCAUGUGUGCUGCGGGCACUGGUUUGGUGAGCAGCUGUGGUCAGGAAGACACCAAGUGUCAGCUGUGUCAAGAUGGUGUGUCCUUCUCAGACUCUGAGAGUCUGUCAGCCUGUCGUCUGUGUGCCCGCUGCCCCGUCGGCAUUCCUGAACUGGCACGCUGCACGCCCACUCAGGAUACCCAGUGUGAGUGCGGUGAGCGCUUCUUCCUGUGGCGAGAUGGUAACAGCACAAGUGGGCUGUGCGCGACCUGCUCCAUGUGUGGGCAUGGAAGCGGAGUGGUUCGGGCCUGUGGGCCGCUGGGAAAUACUGUAUGUGAGCGGUGUAAACCAGGGACUUACUCAAAGGAGCAGAGUGACAGGAAACCCUGCGUGCCCUGCUCACGCUGUACUGAUGACGAGGUGGAGAUCAGACCCUGCCAGCCGGACUCUGACAACGUCUGUAUGGUAAAAGACCUUAACAUCCUGUCCCGUCCAUCUGGUUCUGAUGGACCGCAUGAAUACCCCCGAAAGCCGACUCUGAAUGAGGAAACGGAGAACAGGAGCAGCCCAGCACCAGGGUCUGGAUCCCCUCGACUCACUCCACAGGACCAAGGGGGCAACAACAACAACAUCUUGGUCUACGUGUCUGUACUGGCUGCGGUGGUGCUCGGCCUCCUGCUCUACGUCGCCUACAAAUGCUGGAGGUCAUGUCAGCAGAAGCAGGCUCUGGUGAAAGCACGGGUUGGCGAGUUGAAUAAUGUCGGGGAAGGAGAGAAGUUACAUAGCGACAGUGGCGUGUUUCUGGAUUCUCACAGCCUUCAGGAAAGCCAGCCUAGCAAAGGUAUGAGAGAACAGCUUAAACAGAGAUAGGGUUGGCAGUCCAUACAGAUUUCCUGAUCAUAAUUUCUACUAUUUAUUCGUCUGUUUAAACAGU